AUGAAGUAUUCCAAUAAUGAUGAGACGAUGGCAAAAAUAUCACACGCUACCCAGACUCAGUGGUCUAUCAAGUCUGCAAUUUUCCAGAAGAGUGCUGGUAAGGAUGGUAACAACUGCAAACUCUCCCAGAGCCAGUGUCUAACCUUUGUGAAUACAGAACUCGCUGUAUUCACCAAGAAUAAGAAGGAUCCCAGGACCCUUGCCUUCAUGAUGAAGAAACUGGACCUCAGUUCUGAUGGGCGGCUGGAUUUUCAAGAAUUUUUGAAUCUUAUUGGCAGCCUGGCCAUAGUUUGCCAUGACUCCUUUAUGAAGUCCAUUUGUUACAGAAGUAAAUCUGAGGAGCCCUUGGGCCUGGCCUCCAGACACCCCCACAUUUCCUCCUGGCCUCCCUAUCAUCAUCCUUCCUCAAAGCCCACCAGGCAAUAA